AUGUGGGUUGAGGUUUGAAGAUAGAGAAGGCCAUGUCCCUACGUCCAAACAGGACUCAGACAUGGUAGUGAUUAGUGAUAAUCCCCAGUGAUAAUGGGGGACAUUUUGUGAGCCAUGCCCUUAAGUAGGUGGGUGAAUAUUUGGGUAUUGAAUUAAAGCAACACUGUGCAUAUCAUCCAGCUAGUGGUGGGGUGGUAUGGAGAGAAAAUGGGACAUUAAAAAACCGAUUGAGCAAAUGCUAUUCUGAAACAGUCUUAGGAUGGGCUUAGCCCCUUUGGGAUACUGUUUGGGAGACCUUCACACACAGGAAUUGGACCUGUGACAGCUCCUCUUCCUGACACUGCAGCAUGUGAUGAUGCAAUGUUAAGUUACUGUGCAACCUUGUCCUCUGCUCUGCACUCUAUCCACAAGCAGGUAAAGGCAGCAUUUCCAGCUCCAGCCACGGGCCCGCUGCAUGGUCUGAAGCCCGGAGAGUGGAUUGCGAUCAAGGACUUCUGCAGGACCAGAUGGAACAAUCCAUGGUGGUCGGGGCCAUUCUAGAUCCUUUUCGUCACUCACUCCGUGGUAAAGGCCAACCAGAAAGCCACAUGGAUGUGUGCAAUCCACUGCACGAGGGUGCCAGAGCCAAGCAUUGCGCUGGAGAAGACGUGACUUUGAAAGUGAUUCAGGAGGACUAGAAAGUGAUUCUCUAUCAAGAGGCCUCUAGGGGGACCUACACUCACAAGCGACGAUCUGCAUAUACAUACCCACACAUGACACAUCAACACACCAAUCCCAUGCUACCAAUCCCACGACAGAUGGUCUUAAGUGAUAUCUAGUAGCAAAAUCGAUUAUUGACCCAGGCGAACAGUAACUGGUAAGUGUUUGCUUCUGUUUUUUUUUUUAGUUGAAACUAGUUUUAGCACCGAUUGUCAGAUAGAAGCUGUAACGCUUCCUUGUUGCUACGAGCUGUAUACACGUUGCUAGAUUAAAGCUAAUUCCGGUAUUCAUAUUCGGUUUCGGUCAGGAGUCGCUCGUUCAUGCGACUACUCUUUUUUUUUUUGCUAAUUAAAGAGGCGUGCUCAGCUGUGAAACACAGCAGUAUUUAAUAAUUAAGAAACGCAGAGGCGGAAGCGUCAGCCCUUGUUGUGUGAAAACCGAGCUCGUGUAAAGACCUGCGAGUCUACCUGUGCGAAUCCACCAAGCAAGGACACAGACCACCAAGCAAGGACACCACAUGUGCUGCUAAGUAUACUUUUUUUUUUUUCUCCCUUUAUGCCUCUUGCUGUUUAUCUGUUUACACAGGUACUAACAUGUGCCAUCAGUUUAUCCCUAUUAUUUGCCACAGGCGCAGACCGCAGCAUACUCCCAGAAAAGUACGCAACUUGGACAACCUAUGCUCUCUGAAUGUGGCCUCUGCAGAUUCCUUCUCAUCCUCUAUUGGACUUUGGAACUGCCAAUCUGCUGUCAACAAGGCAGAUUUCAUUCCUGCCUUUGCAACCCACUACAAUCUCAGUGUGCUGGCUCUGACUGAGACCUGGAUCCAUGCUGAGAACACUGCCACACUCGCUGCCCUAGCCUCCAACUUCAACUUCUACCAUACCUCACGUCCCAACAGACGAGGGGGUGGUACAGGUUUGCUUCUCUCCAAAACAUGGAAAUUUACCUGUCUUUCUCCCUCUUGCUCAUACACUUCCUUUGAAUUUCAUUCUGUUACAGUCACUGACCCUGCCAAAAUGCACUUUCUUGUUAUUUACCGUCCUCCAGGUCAACUGGGGAAGUUCAUCGAUGAAUUUGACAUGCUACUGUCCACCAUCCCAAAUGAUGGAACUCCUCUUCUGGUCCUUGGUGAUUUCAACAUUCAUCUAGACAAGCCACAUGCAGCUUACUUUCUUGCUCUCCUUCCCACAGUUGACCUAAAGCAGUUCACCACACCAGCAAUUCCCAAAGCCGACAAACAGCUCAACCUCACCCUCACACAACAAUCUCCUGGACACCAAGCAGUCUGGCUUCAAGAGCAAUCACUCCACAGAGACUGCUCUGCUUUCCGUCACUGAAGCCUUAUGACUAGCAAGCGCAACCUCUAGGGUGUCCUCAUCCUACUUGACCUCUCUGCUGCUUUCGACACUGUGAAUCAUCAGAUCCUCCUUUCCUUUCUUAUAUGUGACUGACAGAGGGGGCGCUGCUGAGGGGAUCCCGGCUCAGGACUAUGGGGGUGCUUGCAGGUCUUUAGUUUAUUUAUCGAAAACAUUGGAUUUGGUGGCACAAGAAUUGCCAGCACGUUUGCGCGCCAUGGCUGGAGCUGCUCUCUUAGUGCAGAUCACUGGGAAACUGGCUGUCACACACAUUGAUCUUAUAUUCAUCACACCAGGUCACUUCCAUUUUUAAUUUUAUCUGCAUGCAUCACAUGACAGCUCGACAAAGAACAGGAUAUGAGGUUAUUCUAUGUGCUGCCCAAAUUGUAACUAUUAAACCUAUUAGUGUGCCUAAUACACCAACUGUAGUGUUGUAUUGCCUAAAUAAUUCUGUGGAGCCAGUCACUGAAAACACUCAUGAUUGCCUAGCCCAGGCAUGUCCAAAGUCCGGCCCGGGGGCCAAAUGUGGCCCAUGUUCAAAUUUCCACCGACCCGCAGCCUCUGUCAUAAAAUCAAUAAUUUGCAGCCGCAAGCACUGUUGACCACAGUAUAAAAUACACAAGCAGAAAAAAGCUAUUUUAUAUUUCACCAGAAGAUGGCAGUAGCCCUUUAGAUGCACUCACUGCGUGACCCUUGUGUGACCUUGUGCUUUUUUCCUCUCCUUUCUCCGUGGACCCUGAUGACGCUCCAGACCACCCGCAGCUGGAGCUUAUUGAGCUGUAGUGUGACGCCGAGUGUCACAGUAGGCACCAACAGCUCCCUCUUGUCAACUUUUACCGCCAACUGGAUAAAGGCAGGUUCCAAGAGAUUCGAACAUUUGUUAAGAAAAUGCUGAGCUUGUUUAGCUCAACAUACUUGUGUGAGAAGACAUUCUCGGUUAAGAACAUUAACAAGAACUGCGUGAGGACGAGACUAAGUGACUCUGAAUUGCGUGACAUGUUGCGCAUCAAAACCACAGUUUUUGAGCCAGACCUGGCCUAUUUACUGCAGUCGAGAUCUCAGUAUCACCCUUCACAUUAGUGCAGGAAAGUUAUUUGUUUAGUCUUCUGAGGUGAAUAAAUUCUAAAAUCUCAGUGUGCUGAUUUUUUUUGUGAUGAUCAAAACCACAGUUUUGAAUAUGUGCUGAGUCUUUUUAAUCUGUGUAUCUUUUGUUUUUGAAUUGACAAUUAAACUGGGUCUCGUAAACCCAACAAAAUAAAUAUUAAAAUCAAAUUCGGUCCCGCAGCCCAUUUUUCCAUUUUGUAUUUUCGAUCCGAGUCUAAAUGAAAAACACGACCUUUUUCGUUUUUGAUGUUUGUGUGUAAUACACAUGGCCAUACCAUGUAUGGUAACAUUUGUGUCUGGAAUGUAUGGGAAUCUGAUUUAACAUAACUAUAUAUUUUUUAUGAUCUACCUCAGAGUGUUAGAAAGAACGUGUGCAACGUGUGUCUGUGUUUAUCCGUAAUGGAUGGGAACCUACAUGGCCAUUCCAUGUAUAGUAAUAUUUGUGUCAGGAAUGGAUGGGAACCCGAUUUAACAUAACUAGUAACGUUUGUGUCAGGAAUAGAUGGGAACCCGCUUUAACGUAACUAUAUAUAUUUAUGACCUACCUCAGAAUGUCGUCUCAACUGUGUGGAUCUUGUGUGGUGGAACAAUAAACUUAGACUCUUGCUUUUCUCA